AUGAAACAAAGUGCGAUACAGAGAAGGAUUACUUUGAAUCCCACUUUGAGUGGUGGUGCCUCAGCAAUGCAUGGUCGUUGCAUAAAUUUCAUAUCCAUAAAUCCUCCACGAUCAAAGAAUUGUAAAAUAAUAGCAACGCGUAUGAUGAAUAGCGAAAGAUUUGAAAGUCACGUAGCAAAGGAAAAGCGUGUGUAUGUAGGACCCACAAAAAUUAAGAAAAUUUUGAUUGAUGGGUUUGAUGAUGCAAUGAAUGAACGAAUAAGCAAAGAAUGGAACAUAUUCUUGCAUGCUAGUGCGCACACUAUUAUGGUAUAUUAUUCAUCACAAGUCAUGAAAGCUACCAAUGCCACUCACUAA